AUGUUGCUUAUCGUAGUGGUUGCUGGAUAUCACGUGAUCGUGUUCUUUGCUUAUCAGUUCGGUAGAUUGAUAAAGUUCUUGCUUAGGUGGUACAACAGAAGCAGGUCGGACGCGGGCGCGCUCAACUCGGUCCUGAACUCGAAAAGCCAUGUCAUGUUUCGCCGGUUCAUGAACGAGAAGGAUGACAUCGAAUACGAACUGGACGAUGAACCGGAACUAUCGAGUCCGAGUGCGGCGUCAGAAGCUGCUGGACCUUCGGCAAGCCCUCCUCGAGUCUUUGCUCACGGUGACGAGACGUACCUUGAUAUAUCCUCGCCCCCCGCCAGACUAUUUACGGUGCUUGGGAAAAAAAGAGGAUCGACAUACACGUACGUUACUGAAAUCAGAAAGGCCAGUGAAAAAGAAAAAGUUGACUCACAAAAGAACCAAAAAUAUCAGGACGCCAAACACAAAACUGGCGCCCAAACCAGAGCCAACUCUGAAACAAAUGCGAAGGGCGAUCGAAGAUUUAAGGCAGAUAAAAAGGGUCCCGUAGAAGCCAAGGUUAAAUUUGAGCUCGAGGAAGAGGUUAUAAAAGAUAAACCAAGUGGCACAAAACGAAGAUUGUUGCCGUUAAAAAGUGUUGUAAAGCGUAUUAAUGAUUUGAAAAAAGGCCAAACAAAGGAACCACAAGAAAGUCGUAGGAAUCAAUAUCGAUAUUGGCGGAUACAACAAUCUUCUUCCUCUGAGACUCCUCCUAUAGUAAAAGGAAAGUUUGGCCCAAACACAAAACGAAAAGGUAAACGAGUUGCGGAUUUGAAAACCAGCGAAAGAAAUGUUGGUAGUCCAGUUGACGAAGAAAUACAGGAAUUAAUAGAACUUCAAACUCUUUCGCCGCAACCAGUCCUCAGGACUCGCCCUAGCCUACAUCGCCAGCAAUCUAUUUAUAAAUCACCUACACCAACUGCAUUAAGAGCAUCAUCAUCUGCUGAUAGUGCCAAAAAAAGUCCUGAUUUGAAAAAGUAUGAAAAUGUUGUAGAAAAACCCCAGAAAGAUCCAGAUAAAAACAGUGUUUCGCCACAACAUAAAAGAUCUUUGCUGCAUCGCCAAUCAACAGCGUCUACCGGUACAGAAAUACCGCGAACCUCAACGGAUUCAUAUGUUAUUACGACCGAAACUGAAGUUCACUUUUUAAGCGAAUCGUCAGAUCGUAAACAGACAACAAAAAAAAGUACACAAUCGUCAUUAGAUUCUGUCAAAAGUCUACCUGACGACGGUGUCGAUCAUCCUGUGCAUGAAAGCAGCUUAAGCAAAAGACAAUACCAUAAAGGAAUCACUGACAUUAUUAAUCCACAAAUUGGAUAUGACAUAUUACAAUCAGUCCCAAUUUCUUCACAAGAAAUAAAACAGACUAAUAAAAAAACAAAAGAUCGUCCUUCAGUUCACUGGCCAAGAAAUGUCGAAGUUCUACAACAAAAGUAUGCGGAAAUAAAGUUAUUUAAUGAUAAUAGCCCGCCACCGUCACCGGCUCCUUCAACACCAGUAAAGCCGAAGAAAUAUUCAUUUUUUGGGCCUUCAACAUCUACAAAGCCGAAGAAAUACUCUGAACUUUCACCUUCAACAAGCACAAGCAGCAAGUACCAGUCAGCAAGUCAAGCACCAGAAGAUCUUCCAGAGAAGACAACAAAAUUUCAGGUUAAAAAAGUCGCAACAAGCAUUCGAAUCAAAAUUGAACAAGGAAACGGAAAAGUUGCCCAUGUGUAAAAUAAUAACACAAGGAAGUGGCAAGGAAAACUGGAAACAAUGGAAGACUCAAGACGUGAAAAAGACACUUAGUGCUUAAAAUUUUUAGCGGGUGUCUGAAAAAGUUGUAGGUAUUCAAUACGAAAGAAGAAGAUAGAAAUUCAAGACACGUGCUAAAAAUUUUGAUUAAAUUUAUAACUUAGGUACUACGAACAAAACGAACGAACUUGCACAAAACUAGUUUUAAUUAAAAGUGUAUGGGACUUCAAAGGGAUUGAACCCUUGUAAAUGAACUUCAAAAUUUCAGUGUACUUACUGUGAAUUUACAGGUGUUUUUGAUGACUUUAAAGUGAUAUCAUAAAGGAUUAUUCUAAGUGUUAGGACACAUUGAUCUCUGUAUUUUAUUGUAUAAUACACAUUUUUUUCAACAAAUGUGAUUCCUACUUAAACGUGUAGAUGCAACUUUAUCUAAAUAUGGUAACCUUGUAUAUUAUGGUAUGUAACAUGUAUGAUAUUGUUAUUGUUAUGAUGAUUCUAAAUGACUUAUAAACCUUAAAAUGUUGAUCUCAAGUCUUUGUACAGUCAGCACUUCAAACUAGUAGCCAGUACUCUUAUAGGUCAAAAGAAAAAAACUUUCAAGCGAUUAGGAUGGUUAGAGAGUUAUGUUUACUUUCGUGAUUUUAAAAAAAAUAGGAUUGUCAUAUAAGAUGUCGUUUUCAAAUGUAUAAAUCUUGUAAUAUUUAUAUGUAUAGUUUUAACUGUUCACCUAAUUGAAAAGAAAAAGUAGAUGCAUAUAAACUGUUUUCAUAAAUACGGGUUUCUAAAAUGGUAUUUGUACAUUGAUAUCAAUGUCACGUUUCUUUAAAAUAUCAUAAUAAUUAAUACAGCUGGAUAGUGAUUAUAAAUAUUGACCAUGAAUGUCAGCAACGCUAUCUCUCUUUCCUAAGCAACUAAAGCAAAUAGUUAAAUUAACGUAUAAAAAAAAUUAAGUAAUAUAUUUUCUUAACUGAAGUGAUAAAUGUAAAAGUGUAAAUAAAUUUUCUCAAAGAAUAUAUCUUCCAAAUAUUUAUAUAUUUUAAAGAUGUAAUAUACUUUUAGAUAGCUAAUACCAAAACAUGGGUGUUUAUGUUCAGUAAUGAGUAAUAACAUUCGGUUUGAAUUCAAACAUAAUUGGGUAAUGAUGUUCGAAAUACCUAAAUUAUGUAAUUCCAUAAAAGAUGAUCUCAUUUUUAUUGAUAAAUAUACUUUUUGCCGAACUAAAAUUGAAAGAAUCAUUUAGUUUAAAUACAACUGUUGCUCAACUUUAAUGCUUUUAAUGUUUAAUAAUAUUUAUAUGAUAUUGAAUCAUCAAACUAAGUAUAUUGUUUCGAAAAAAACUGGACAACAUGUAGAAUUGUUCAAAUAGCGCUUAUGCUAUAUACUUACUCGUACCUACCUGUAUGUAAAUAAACUUUUUUUUAAUUCACUGAAAAAAAUUACGGAAUUGGACUCCAUCAGCUCACUAAUUGAGUCGAGGAAUCAAAUUAUUAUUUUAUUACUCGUAUACAGAGUGAGUAAAUUUCGAAGAGUACCUAUGUGAGAAUGUGAUAUUUAAAAUGUAUUUCUAGUAGUUGUAAUAAAUAAGCCACAUAGUUGUUUACUUGCAUUUACAGCUCUGACUUGAACAUUGGGAAAGAAUCUUCUUAUAUUAAAGUAUCCCAAAUUAAAAGAACUUCAUAAUUUACAUGUUAAACUUGUU